UGGCCUGAAGCAGAUGUAACAGUUUGCCAGAGCUUCAGUCUAAGAUGCAAUGUAAAGAGCUACCAUGUUGUUUUUUGUUUUUUUCCAGAGGGGUAAACAGGAGUGAGACGGCCGGAAAAGAAACAAACUGUUAGGUAUUAAUCUGACUGGAACUCAGGAGGUACCGUUAACUAGCAGCUAAGUUAAGGUUAUAAUGCAGAUCAGCAGUGGAAACUGUCUUUUUAAGUUUUAGUGUCAUUUUGUUUUCCGAAUAGGGUUCAUGCUUCCUAAAGGGGCUAACCUCUGAGAAUGCUCUAGUUUCAAAGGUCGUAUGUUUGGGUCAAGUCUCCAAACAGAACCACUGACCUCCUCUGACUAAAAGCUGAGAUCAGCCUGGAGAGGAAUGUAGGUUGUCACCAGAGCUAUUUUGGCAAUGUACAGCCGCUAAUGAUUGUGAUCACAGAGCAGAGCUCGGAGCAGUUGCUUUGCUUUCCUUUUUUCCUACCAGCAAGUUUGAUCAUGCAGCUCUCACUGGCGCUGCAGGGAUUAGAGAGUUAAACGAAUGGCACGUCGGCUCCGCUUGCAUUUUGCGUCAAGGAGAAGCAGCACGGACCCUCUGUCAGAAAGCCUCAGCAGCCAUGGUGAGGAGAGUGGAGUCAGUGUGUCAGCUCGUAGCCCCGCAGAGAGCCUGGCGCACAGUUCUGUCCACUUGAAGGUGACUCCUCUGUCACCAGACUAUGCUAAUUUACAGCAGUACUCUUCAGUUCUCAUACCCAGGGUUAACAUUGGAGGAUGUAAUAAGAAGAGCAUUCUGCAGAUCUCGCUGCAGCCCUGUGGUAAGCUCAGUGGAGAGCUGGAUGGCAAUAUAGAGGAUGGAGACCAGGGAGUUAGUGAAGGAGGAGUGGGUACUGGCUCUGAUGGAGGCUCAUGCAGCAGCAGCAUGGCCAGCGAUGCUGGGUACUGUAGCAGCAAUAGCAUCUUUGAGCCAGAGGCUCCAGAAAAGCACAGGACCACCCAGGAGAGGAGUCUACUCUGCUGCAAGUCCAAGGUCCCCCUGAGAAGGUGCUCCUCCUUGGUUAUAUUUCCAAAGAGCCCCUGCAGCACCCCGCCUGCAUCCCCAGUGAGUCCAGUGGCUCUACCUGCUCUCCCACCAGCAAGAAGGUCUCAUCAGUCAUCUCUUCAGACAUUUGCCAGUGAAUUUUCACAAGAUGAUGAGGAAGUGACUUGCAAAGGGUCCACCACCACCACAGCAGUAAGUGGCCAUCGUCUCCCAAAAGGAAGCUGUUCGGCUGAGUUCAGGGACACCAAACACAUGGUGCAAUUUAAUAUUCCUUUACAGGAUGAACCAAAGUGCAAAAUGGAGGACAGGAGUAAAGUAAUGGAACUGUCAUCAACCUUAGACAGAUCGAAUCGUCACUCUAGCAGCGUGCUGCUGCACUUUGCCCACCAGAGACCAAUGAUAUCCGGGAAAGGAGCUACAACCACAGCUCCUGAGGCUCCAAACCCAGCCGCACACCCUGAGGGUGAACAUGAACCUCACAAAAAACUUUAUCGUAGUACCUCUGCUUGUUUGUUCUCCUCAACUAAGCCAUCAGAGAAAAACCAUAAGGUCUGUCCUUAUGUAAAAAGCCAGGAAAGGGCUGAGGAACACCACUGUCAUCGUGCCAUACAAAGGAGCUUUUCCUUGGAGGUGCCCUACGCUAACACUGGAAUUUCAUGUCAUGUUUCGAAUCCAAAUCUCAGUAGCCCCUGCUCUCCACAUGUCCACAUUCAUUUGUCUCCUUGCUGCCCAGCUAAGUUGCCAAGCUCUGUUACUGAUGCAAGCACAAGCCACAAAGGGAAUUAUACACCAGUGAGCCCAGAUAAAAACUCCGAGACACGUGAUGACUUUCUGGGACAGGUGGAUGUCCCCUUAAAUCAGAUACCGACAGAAAAUCCUAAUACAGAAAGGCCAUUCACAUUCAAGGAUUUUCUGCUUCACCCACGAAGCCACAAGUCCAGAGUCAAAGGUCAUCUACGUCUCAAAAUGACCUACUUGCCAAAGAACUCUGGCUCAGAGGAGGAAACAGCAGAACAGACUGAGGACAUGGAUCCUGGUUGGGAGCUUUUGGAGUCUCAGGACAUGUCAGGGCCCAGACAAAGCCAGGUGCUGCCUCCUCUGCCCCCUGGCUGGGAGGAGCGGCAGGACAACCUGGGAAGAAUCUACUUUGUCAAUCAUGAGAGCAGAACCACACAGUGGCAACGACCCACAGUGCAGGACAGUGAUUUGGAGACGCAAAGAAGACAGAACAAUAACACAGAGGUGGAGCAUGCGUUCAUCACACGCAGACAGAUCUCAGAUCACGAUGAAAACACCACACGAGAGUCUCCUGAGAGCUGGGAGAUCAUCACAGAGGACGAGUCCACCUUGUACCACAGCAGUAACCAGCUCACAUCACCUUCAUCCCACGUGCCUCUGGAGUUCCACUCGUUCUGCGGCGAGCUGAGAAACAUGCAAGUUUCAGGGGCCACAGCUGGCGAGCAGCGCACCUCCCAGACGGAUCAUGCUAGUAAUUCAAGCCAUUCCAGUCUCAGAGGAAGCGCUCAGCCUUCAGCCGGAGAGGAACAUCCUGUUAAUCCUGUGCUGCUUCCAACAUCAUCUGGGCUGCCUCCAGGCUGGGAAGAGAAGCGAGACAGUAAAGGACGACGCUACUUUGUCAACCACAACAGUCGAGUUACGACAUGGACACGACCUGUCAUUCAGAAAACCUCAGAGAGAGCAGCAGCACAGAGUGGUGCAGCUUUAUCCCAAAGCCCCACACCGUCCCAACCGACUGUGUCCCCUGAGGCAUCUCCACAGCACACCCCAAGCCCUGACGCUACAUAUGAAUCUGGCUUCUUGCCGACUGGUUGGGAGGUUCGCAGUGCUCCCAAUGGAAGACCAUUUUUCAUCGACCACAACACAAAGACAACAACCUGGGAAGAUCCUAGGCUAAAGAUUCCUGUACAGAUGAGGAGGAGACCCUCACUCGACCCAAGUGAUCUCGGCCCUCUGCCGCCUGGUUGGGAGGAGAGAGUCCACACUGAUGGGAGGAUAUUCUACAUAGAUCACAACACCAGGACCACACAAUGGGAUGAUCCCAGAUUACAGAACUCAGCUAUAACUGGACCAGCUGUGCCUUAUUCCAGAGAUUAUAAACAGAAGUAUGACUACUUCCGGAAGAAGCUGAAGAAACCGGCUGAUAUCCCAAACCGCUUUGAGAUGAAGCUGAGGCGAAACGCUGUGCUGGAGGACUCAUACCGACGGAUCCUCUCAGUUAAGAGGGCAGACCUGCUGAAGGCACGACUGUGGGUGGAGUUUGAGGGAGAAAAAGGACUGGACUACGGUGGCGUGGCCAGGGAGUGGUUCUUCCUCAUGUCCAAGGAGAUGUUCAACCCAUACUACGGACUGUUCGAGUAUUCUGCCACGGACAACUACACGCUGCAGAUUAACCCUAACUCAGGUUUAUGUAACGAGGACCACCUGUCCUACUUCAAGUUCAUCGGCCGUGUGGCAGGCAUGGCCGUGUAUCACGGAAAACUGCUCGAUGCUUUCUUCAUUCGGCCUUUCUACAAGAUGAUGCUGCAGAAGCCAAUCAUCCUCCAGGACAUGGAGUCUGUUGACAGUGAAUAUUUCAACUCCUUGAUGUGGAUUUUGGAGAAUGACCCAACAGACUUGGAUUUGAGGUUCACCAUCGAUGAGGAGCUGUUUGGACAGACUCACCAGCAUGAACUGAAGCCAGGCGGCACUGAAAUCGUCGUCACUAAUGAAAACAAGAAGGAAUACAUCCAUCUGGUGAUGCAGUGGAGGUUUGUGAACAGGAUACAGAAGCAGAUGACUGCUUUCAAGGAGGGAUUCUUUGAGCUGAUACCACAAGAUCUGAUCAAGAUCUUUGAUGAGAAUGAGCUGGAGCUGCUCAUGUGUGGUCUGGGAGAUGUGGAUGUGAAUGACUGGAGAGAGAACACCAAGUACAAGAAUGGCUACUGCUCCAACCACGUAGUUAUCCAGUGGUUUUGGAAAACAGUGCUGCUGAUGGAUGCAGAAAAGCGAAUCCGGCUCUUACAGUUUGUGACAGGAACAUCCAGGGUCCCAAUGAAUGGCUUUGCUGAGCUCUAUGGGUCUAACGGACCACAGCUGUUCACCAUCGAGCAGUGGGGAACACGUGAUAAACUCCCCCGAGCCCACACAUGCUUCAACCGCCUGGACCUUCCUCCUUAUGAAUCCUUUGAGGAACUGAGGGAGAAACUUCACAUCGCCAUUGAGAAUGCACAAGGCUUCGAUGGGGUGGAUUAAUGUGGAUGCAGCAAAUGAGCUGAACUGACAUUUCCUGCCAUCAGAGUAAAAGCCAAGCAGCAUGAUGUGGUGAUGAUGAUGAGAGAAAGAAGCUGAACGUCAGACUCGGGUCUUAACCUACCAGUUGUGUGACAUGUGAAGGAGUGUCACACAACCCUCACUUUGGUCCUCUGAUGGGGCCCACGUGGAGAGAGGGCUUUAAAUCUGGAGACACGGAGGUGUUUAAUCACUCCGUGUGUUGUAAUGUUUACAAAUCAGGUUUUCUUAUUAUUUGAUUCUUUAUAAUAAGUCGCUCAAAAGUGUAUUCACUUUUAUUUGUUCUGCUAAAAUGCAUAAAUAUUUAAAGAACAUGAUCCUGUGAAAUGACAAUAUUACAGAAAUUAAUGUGAAUGUAAAGCUUAAAAAUGUCGAACUGUAAAAAAACUUUAGUUAGUUGGGCUGAAUGGCCUCAGAAACACUUACUGCUCAGCUUCUCACUUCGGGUUCCUGUGAGACUCAAUGUAGUUAUGUUGCUUCUCUUGGAAAACCAUAAAAUUUUCGCUUUCGCUACAUGACUACAUGUCAGGGUUGUAAAGAUGGACCAUGGGUUAGAAUAGUCAAGCACACUGUGGUGAAGUCACAUAGUAAACAUGCUUGAUGUAUGAAUGAGACUUUCAGCCCAUGUCUCCUGUCCAAAAAUAUUCAACUCCAAAAUUAAACUAUGGUUAACAGUCCAAAAUCCCUUUACAGGUGAAAUUAGCUCAACUGUAACAAAGUGUCAUGCUGAGGUUUUAAAAUCAAAAGAUGAAGGCGUGGUUGACGGGUUUAAUCCAGAUGUACAUUAAGUUUUAAACAAACAAAACAUUUUUCAUUCCAGUGUAUUAGAAACACUGAUGCAGAAAAUCCAAAAUAUAUGUGCCUAAAAAGCAUUUGUAGCAGAAAAUGUGCAGGGUAUAUACAAGUUUGAGCGACUACACUUAAACAAAGUGUAUCAAUGUAUCAGUUAAGCAUUAUAGUAGUGAUGCACCAAUACCAGGACCAGUAAAAGGCUAAACUAAUUAUGCUGUAGUUCCUGUCUGUGUAGUCUACAGAUCAAAAAAAGUGACUACAUGCAGUGUUAGAUUGUGCUGAAAUACUAUUCAGAAUUGUACAUACUGACAUAACAUAAUUGAAUAUCACUUGAUUUUUGAGUUUCUCAGAUGUUACAUAAACAUAUUGUACAUACAUAUGUAAUUUUGCCUUCUACAAACUGAUAAAGCAACUGUUGAAAGCCGUUAAAGUGAAAAAAGAAAGGUUGCGCCUCUAUGCAUCUUUUUUUUGUUUUUCAUUCACGAUCAGUUGCAACUCAUACUCAAGUAUAACACUGACUGUUAAUGUAUCAGAAAAAUAAAUAUAUGUAUAUAUUCACAUUAUAGCUUACAGAAACCUUCUCAGAUAGACUGACCUUAUACAGUAUGUUAAACAUGUUUUGUUGCCUUAUGUCAAUGAGCGAUAUCAUUUUUUCUUCCACUCAUCAUGGGUGUCCAAUUGCAGCCGAGUGCUCUAUUUUUAAGAGUACAGUUUUAAAAAUUUGUUUUGCUGGUUCUCAAAAUGUGUACAGAUUAUUGUUUUCAGAAUUCGUAAUCACUUGUAAUACCUUUGUAAGAAAGUAACUGUACUUGAGCAGUAGUUUUAACAUUUUCUGAAUGGUAAAACAUGUGUUUACACUACCUGCCAUGUUUACAGGUUGUUGAUAAGGAAGAAAUCAUGGGCUGGUUCUUGUCUCUGACAACACAAUUUUAUACCUAUGCUUUUAUAAAGUGAAGCACUUUGUUCAUA